AUGUACGAAACGGGUACCAGAUUGGCACAGAAUAACGAACCGAGUCUUGAUUCCGCGGGAGAUAGUGGAGGCAGGAAGCUGCUUGCAUGCAUUUCCACCGUUGACAAUGCCUCUCCCUCUGACGGUGACCGUAUUGGCGUCAUGGAUGCUGUGCUUGACGGUGGAUACUCUUUGAUACAUUGGAGUGCUGAAUCCGGUUUCUCUCAGGAUCGCGCGCUUGAUGGCGUCGGUCUUGCAUUAAUUCUGACGCUGAGAGCUGAGUGCAGCAGCCCCUGGAAAAGCCGUCACCUCUCCCUCAGGGGACUCAAUAAGAGAUGUAGCUUGCUUUGA